CGUUGUCAAUGAUUUACCUCACCGUUUUGGAGUCCGGUGGGCUCCGUGCUCCUUCUAACAGUCCCGAAACCUAAAGCUUUUGUUCGCAGCUAAUCUAUAGCAAACAUUUACAUAUGGAAAAACAAUGCGGUGGAGCCUGUGUCAGCUUUCUCCUCUGAUUAUAUGCUCGCUGGCUUUAACGGCCCAUCAGGCCACGGCUACGGCACACAGGGAGCUCGAGGCAUCGCCUUCCCAGAGAAGAAGCAGCAGAGAUGUUAAUUCUCCAGCUCCCGUCGACUGCCAGCUGAGCCAGUGGUCAGAAUGGACUGAUUGCUUUCCUUGCCAAGAGAAAAAACACCGGUACCAGAGGCUGGUGCAGCCGGCGGGGUUCUCCGGGUGGCAAUGUGCGGGGCACCUCUGGGACGAGCAGGCUUGUCGUGCCGAGACAACCUGCACUGGACCCCCCAGCUGCGGGAAGGACUUUCGGUGCGAGGAAACAGGUCGCUGUAUUAAACAGCAUCUUGUGUGCAACGGAGAGCAAGACUGCAGAGAUGGAUCGGAUGAGGCUAACUGUGAGGAUGAAGAUAUUGAAAGCCCUUGUGAACAUCUGUUCCCAAUCCCAGGCUCUGAAAAAGUAGUCCAAGGAUACAAUAUCCUAACACAGGAAGAGAGCCAGUAUGUAUAUGAUCCUAAUUUUUUUGGAGGCCACUGUGAGUAUGUCUACAACGGAGAGUGGCGGGAGCUGAAGUACGACGCUGCGUGUGAACAUCUGUACUACGGAGACGACGAGAAGUAUUUCCGCAAACCUUACAACUUUCACAUAUACCAGUUCCUAGCUCACGCUGAUUCUGGAUUCGCUUUUGAGUUUUACGAUGAUUCAAAGGAUCUGCUUGAUGCCCUUAAAAGUGAUAAAUCCCACAAAGUAGGCUUUACCAUUGGAAUUGGGCCUAAACAAGUUCCUAUCCGAUUAAACCUGGGCUUCACUUUAUCAGGUGGGAAAGGAUCCCUGAAGAAUUUCACGCAAUACACAGCAAAGAAUGUUGGAUUCAUUAGAGCUGUGACGAAGGUACAGACGGCCCGUUUCAAGAUGAGAAGGGACAACAUUGUUUUGGAUGAAGAUAUGCUGCUCUCCCUGUGGGAGCUUCCAGAGACCUACAACUACGGCAUGUAUGCUAAAUUCAUCAACAACUACGGCACCCACUUUGUGACAUCCGGCACGAUGGGAGGCGUCUUUGAGUACAUCCUUGUCAUUAACAAAGAGGAAAUGAGAAGAAAAGACAUCAGCGCUGAAGAGAUAAGCGCCUGUCUUGGGGGGUCAAUCGGCCUUACAUUCGGCAUGAGUAAACUGCAUUUCGGCGCAUCUGUGUCAGCCUCUACCUGUGCGCAGAAAGGAUUUCUGAAAACUGAUGCUGAGAGCAACAGUGCAGUUGUGGAAGAUAUUAUUCCCCGGAUUAGAGGUGGAGAUACCAGUUACAGCGGAGGGCUCUUAAACAGUUGGGAUGGCAAUAUGUAUCGUCACUGGGGAAGGUCAUUAAAAUAUAAUCCUGCUGUUAUUGAUUUUGAGCUGCAGCCCAUCCACGAAAUUCUCCGCAGAAGCAACCUUGGCGACAUGGAAACCAAACGGCGAAACCUGAAACGGGCUUUGGACGAUUACUUGUCGGAAUUCAACGCUUGCCGCUGCGGACCGUGCCAGAACAACGGUGAACCCAUUUUGGUGGGAGACACGUGUUUCUGCCAGUGUCGGCCAGGUGACGGAGGCCCCGCCUGCGAGCAGACGAAGCGGCAAGGCGGACAGACGGAUGGGCGCUGGAGCUGCUGGUCCCAGUGGGGUCCCUGCCAGUCGGGCACGAUGCAGCGCAGGCGGCACUGCGACAACCCGUCCCCACAGCACGGCGGGGAGCCCUGCGCUGGGAGGAACCUGCAGAGCAAAGCCUGCUGAGAACCCACAGCACGGCAUCGCUCCCCACGGGUUAUAUGGUCGAGAGCGGUUCAGAGUCCGUGCUGGGCUAUAAAUACCCUGGGAAUAAUCCUCCCAUGGAAUUAUGCUGGGAAAAAAUAAUUGUGAAGUGUUGCAUUUCCAUAUGGAGACAUUCUGGAUUCGCUGUACAAAACCAGACCAACUGCUCCGGCUGACCGAACGCAGCCCUGGCUGCCCCCCUCACACCACGAGAUGCCAUGGGAGCCCCACCACUUCACAGCGGCCCGGCGGCGAUACGGGAGAUGGUGGGGAAUCCACACGGGUGGUUUUGCUGCUGGGUGACCACGGGGCUAUAACGUGUCGUGAAAUAAAUUUACUGAAAGUGUUGACAUAAGUAAGCUUGACUCGCAGAAAUUUCUAUAUUUGCCUUUGGAAAACCCAUUAAAAGCUCAUGAUCCUUGCAUUUUUAUGCAGUUGGUAUUGACAUAUGUACCAUGAAAUUUUUAUAAGUUGGCGCUGUCGGAUUUUUUAAGUCCAGCAUAUUGGCCAGGGCUGCAUUUGCAGCAAAGCCAUAUGCCGCUCUGUAUGGGAGGAGGCUGAAGCCUAAAGAUGCCGAAGCAUCAUUGCGAAACGCGAACCCAAGCUGACGAAAAAUCUUAAAUAAAUAAAUAAGAUAAUCAACAGAUAUGCUCGAACACAACCAUUCUGCAGAGGAUGUUCACACACAAGCGAAGGCUACUCUUCUUUAAGAUCA